CCCUACGUAUACUUUCUCUCUCUCUCUCUCUCUCGCUCUCUCUCUCUGUGAAGAGAAAAAGAGAGAAGGAAAGGAAGACAGAAUUUUUUCAGGAAGAAAAAGGAAAAAUCGCCUAACUUGAGAAGCUUCCAGGGAGGAGGCACCUCUGUAAGAACAUCACAGCUAACACCUUACUAUUUUCUUCCUUUGUUUAUCUCUCUCUCUCUUUCCCUUCCCAAGGUCAACAACAAGAGGAAUUUUGAACUCUUUGAAACGUCCAUGGGGUGUACAGUUUCGUGGUAGUCCUCCUGGUCAAACAAGAAUGCACCAACCAUCAGUGUACUGAGAGCUACCCUUGCGUUUCUCUUUGCUCUCUCUCUCUCUCUCUUUCUCUCUCUCUCUCUCUGUGUUCUCGAUCACAAUCUUAACCCUACGAAACAUCAGAGAUAAAAUAAUUUACCUUGUGAACUAGGAGAACAAGAGUUUGGCUCGGCCGUGUUGCUUGCUGUAGCUAGGCCCCCCCUCCGGCCUCUUCCCUUCAAAACCCACCGUCCUUGUAGUCUCUUUUUUACUUGUGCAAACUACCUAAAUCUUGCAGAUCCAGUAAGAGAAGCUCAAAUUGAAGUGCAAGACAUGGAUUUGGGACCACAUGGAGAAGGGUUUUCCUGUGACGAAGCUCAUGAGCAGAUGGUGAGAGGUAAGCUCCCUUUCUCCUAUUACUCUUCCUCCUCCCCCUACGAAGCUGCUUCCGAUGCCAAUAAACUUCAUGAGCUGGUGAUAGACUCGUCCCCAAGAAACGAGGACGACGAUGUCAGACGUGGGCACUCCCAGGACGAUGGCGUUGGGGCUGGGAGCACUACUACCGGUGGAGGAAUCAAUAUAAUGGAGAGAGAGCAUAUGUUCGAUAAGGUUGUGACUCCAAGCGAUGUGGGCAAACUCAAUCGCCUGGUUAUCCCAAAGCAGCACGCCGAGAAAUACUUCCCGCUGGACUCCUCCACCAACGAGAAGGGACUCCUUCUGAACUUCCAGGAUCGAAACGGGAAACCCUGGAGGUUCCGCUACUCUUACUGGAACAGCAGCCAGAGCUACGUCAUGACCAAAGGCUGGAGCCGCUUCGUCAAGGAGAAGAAGCUCGAUGCGGGGGAUAUCGUGUCCUUUCAGCGAGGAGUUGGUGAGCACGGAAGAGAUCAUCUCUACAUUGAUUGGAGGCGUCGCCCAGACGCGCCUGACCCGGUGGCAUCCCUUCAGAAUCUGCCGCACCACUACUUCUCAUUCCACCGGUCCAUCCCGCCGUCGGCCUGGAGUAUUAAUAGUCCUAAUUUGCUAAUGCGGCCGAGGGACCACUUGCACCUGUCGUCGCAGCAGCUGAACUUGAACAACAAUAAUGUCAAUCUUCAUCAUCCUUAUAACCGGAACAGCUACGGCGCCAGCAGUGCUUACUGUAAUUAUAUGGUAAACCCAUCAAUGAUUUACAUGAGAUCCACCGCAGCUACAGCAGCAGCUCAACACCAGUACCAACAACAACAACAACAACAACAAUUAGUGCAGGCCCAUAUCGGAGUUGAGCCACCACCCAUGGUAUUCGAGUCGGUGCCGGUGGUACAAGGAAAAGUUGCAGCCAAGCGACUGAGGUUAUUUGGGGUAAACAUGGAUUGCCCCAUAUCGGAGUCGGAUGCAUGCGACGUGAUAUUUUCCUCGACCACAAUAGCCCCUCAUGCUACCAUGGCAUUGCAGCCUAAUUCCCAACUUCCUUCUCCGUCUCAAUCUGCUCUCCAAUUAAGGCCCUGCAAUGGUACGACACUGCCAACGGUGCCCACGGACUUUCUCAAUAAGGGGAAGAAGGCAUCAAUGUCCUUUGAUUUCGGUAUCUAGAGAGACAGCAGUACCGCAAAGGCCUUAAACAACAACUGAAUACCGCGACACAGCCGAAUCACUUCAACUUCUUUUUAAUUGGCUUUAAUUAAUAGUUGUUUCUCAUUGCUCACGAAGACCCAGGAAAAAAAAAACGCUCAAUGCCCAUGAACUAACGGGAUUACACUGUUGGAUUUCAAUUGAUCAGUUAAUUUGGUACAGAAGACAGACGGGGUUUUGAAGGCCCAUCGAUCGAUCGAGGUUUCUGAAGAAUUAUCUACCCAGCAUAAGCAAGAAGCCAUUGGAGAUAGAGAAUCUACUAUAUUCAAUUGUCUUCUUUUUAUGAACUUUGUGUAAAAAUAUUUAUGAUACAUAAAAUAAUAUAAUAUAGAAAAAUAUUAUAUAUU